CCUACGCUGACGAACCCUAAGCCCAGCGCCACCUCUUUGCUGCCGCAGCCGCUGCCGAGAUGGGACGCGUGAUCCGUGCCCAGAGGAAGGGAGCGGGGUCAGUGUUCCGCUCCCACACUCACCACCGCAAGGGGCCGGCCCGUUUCCGGAGCCUCGACUUCGGGGAGCGGAAUGGCUACCUCAAGGGCGUGGUCACCGAGAUCCUGCACGACCCUGGUCGUGGCGCCCCCCUCGCCCGCGUCACCUUCCGCCACCCCUUCCGGUAUAAGCUCCAAAAGGAACUCUUCAUCGCCGCCGAGGGGAUGUACACUGGCCAGUUCGUCUACUGCGGCCGUAAGGCCUCCCUCAUGGUCGGCAACGUCCUCCCCCUCCGCUCCAUUCCCGAGGGUGCCGUCGUCUGCAACGUGGAGCACCACGUUGGCGAUCGCGGCGUCCUCGCCCGCGCCUCCGGCGAUUACGCCAUUGUCAUCAGCCACAACCCCGAUAACGGCACCAGCAGGAUCAAGCUCCCAUCAGGAGCCAAGAAGAUCGUCCCAAGCAACUGCCGUGCAAUGAUUGGCCAGGUCGCUGGUGGUGGCCGAACCGAGAAACCCCUACUCAAGGCAGGCAAUGCCUACCACAAGUUCAGAGUGAAACGGAACUGCUGGCCGAAGGUUCGUGGUGUGGCUAUGAACCCUGUGGAGCAUCCCCACGGAGGAGGAAAUCACCAGCACAUCGGACAUGCCUCCACCGUUCGCCGUGAUGCUCCUCCUGGACAGAAGGUUGGUCUCAUCGCCGCAAGGAGGACCGGUCGUCUCAGGGGACAGGCUGCCGCAACCGCUGCCAAGGCAGAGAAGACCUCUUAAAUUGCUAGUGAGAAAUAGGCAUCUGGUGUUUUGGUUUUCUGUAAGUUUUAUUUAUCAUCUAAGAGAACUAUGGUGACUUGAGUAAUCUUAUGUUGGACCCGUUAUGGUUUUGGAGUUAGAUUUCAAUUGACCAUCUUGAUCUGGAUUUCAUCUUGUUGAAA